AUGGACCAAGGAUUGACCACAAGUGAGCGCAAAAUAAUUCUGCUUUAUGAGAUCUUCAGAAAGUAUACUGUGAAAAAUGCAUUCGAACUGACUGAGAAGGAAUUUAAACAGUUUAUGAGAACUGAAUUUCCAAAUUUUCUCGAGGAUAUACUAGAUCGUCCUUUAAAUAGACUAUUGAAUGAACCAAAGGAUCGCAGCUUUGAAGAGGCUUUGGACAUGAUAGGAAGAAUGGGAAUGGUGUACUAUAAGAAGAUGAACAACAUUGCUUUCUAA